UUACGCUGAGAAUUAACAAAAAUAAAGUUCAAAAAUACUGCGGGCAGACGCUAUCUUCUCAGCGAGAUAAUUUACUGAGUAUAAACCUGCAAAUUUAAAACGUUCUCACUGUCUGAAAUAAUGACUGUUAAUACUUACGCUGAAUUGCUGCGCAAAUAUGGCGAAAUCUAUACAAUAACUUAUAAUACACCGCCAACAUAUUUAAGUCGGCUUGUUGGUGCUCGGGAAACAGGCAACAAAAUUAUACUUUUCUACAAAGAAGAUCGCACAGGAGCCGUAACUACCACGCCUACCAAGCUGCGUCCAAGAGUUGAUGCUCGAGCGAACAGUCUUGAUUUGGACUUAACUGGCAGUCCGCUUAAAGAUGAUUGUCUUGUUGAAGCAAUUGGAGAUAUAUCCUUGGACUUGCAGCUGGUCGAUCGGAAUCCCUGGAAGCGCGACGAAGAGUAUCAUCGUGGCGAGAACCCUGAUAUAUUGCGUGCCAUAAUAUGCAGCGAACAGUUUCAACAAAUGGAAGCACUGGGUUCGGUUUGGUUUCUAUGUGACGGUAGUGAUUUUAGUCAAACGCAACUCUUGCAAUAUGAGUUUAAUCCGACGCACUUUUCUCGCGGAGUUCUCAGUUAUGCCGGUGUUCUGCCCGCCUAUAUGUUGAAAUCGCAAUCACUUGUGCAACAGCAUGCUAUGACAGCUGGCAUGGAGCUGAAAACGUAUAUAGAGAACUGCUACCAAGUGAAUCCGCAUAUGAUGCUGCGCUGUAGCUGGUCAACACCGUCGCCUUUGCCGGCACUUACAGAACUCAGAAGCUGCACUGUAUUGCUUAAUUCCACAUUUAGAGUGGGCGACUGCAGUUCAUUGACGGAGGACUUUAUGAAUCAAUUGCGCAUUUUGGUUUACAUACGCGAAGACAUUAUAAGCUUCCACAAUGAUGAACAGUCGGGUGUCAAUCGAGAUCCUAUCUACCGCUGUGGAAGUGGCAUAGACAUAAACGAGCUGCGAGAGUCGAUUACCAAGACAAUGACUGAAGUCUCUGGGUUUAAUGAAGGCUAUGUGGAUGCACAUGCCAAUUGUGACAUUGAGGAGGUGGUGCAGCGUGCUUCACUACGGAGACUCACUGAUCUCACCGACAAGCUCUGGGAGCUGCUAAAAGGUUGUGCAUCAUAUAAGGAUCUAAAAUAUGCUUUUCUAAUGGUCUUUCAAAGCGCACUCCGUUGCAAUGUUGUGAACACGCCUACCAACAAAAAUCGACUGGCGGAAAUAAUUACCAAUUUAGCCAAUAGUCGCUUGGCCAUGCCUUGUCUCAGCGGAGCGGAGCCUUUGGAAUUAUUGCUGGAAAUCGGCUUGGAGAAAAUAUACAAAGACUAUGAGUUUAUAUUUACUGAAAGCAAGCUGUGCAGUCUUAAAGAACUACAUGUGAGUGUCAAUGUGUCAAAUGGUGACUCAAAUGAUGAUCCGCCUGCCAGUGAUCUUUCCAAGUUACGUAAAUCCCUACACAAUGCGGCACGCGGCGACGCCAUUACCAGCUCAGGCAUGCGUAAAACUUUAUUGCAUCCUGGUCAUAAGCAAACUAGUGCUAAAUAUCCCAAUGGUGAUGAUGUGUUUAAAAACAGCAGCUUUGAUGAGCAGGAGAGCGUGCAGCGCAUAUCCAAAUUAUUUCAAAUACAUUGCAUGCUGGAGCAUCUUUUAAUGAUGCAUAUAAAUUUAAACAUACCAAAUGUCUAUGCCGAUGUCUGUGCUCAACUGCUAAAUAGGCAGCCACAUCAGUUGGAAGGCCUUGAUGAUAAGCUCAGCGACACUGUGGACAUUCGAUUGUCAGCACAUUAUGUGGUCGACUAUUUAAAUGAUAAAGAGCCGCAUUCUCGUCAAAUUACUAUGAAAUCUCAAAAUAAAUUGCGUGACAUCAAGACAACAUUUUAUUAUAAUGUGGAGAAUGUAUGUCCACCAGCUUUGGCGCAAUGCUUUCAAAGUGAUGAUAAGGAACUGGUAAAGGAACGCACUUAUCAUGCCUGGAUUUAUCGCAAGAUACGCACGCUAAAAUAAAGCUAAUGCUUAAUUACUUGAAUAUAUUAAACAAAUGUUAUUUGUGCAUAAAAUAUGUUUACAUUGGAAUUAAUUAGAUUUUAACACA